UCGCUAGAAAAGUGUAUGGGAUUUCUGGUCUUGAUCUCUGCUUUUUCUUGUUUUACUGGCAUCUUGUACCUUGUCUGGACUCUUGGUCCAAAGGAUUAUGACAGUUCGGUUAGUGAUGGUCAUUUUCAAAUCCCGCCAUCUAUCGACCAGUUGAAAUUUGCUGCAGAGUACUUUUCCCGUUACAAAGCAAAGGAUGGCAAAGGCGUGGGAAGUAACGAAUCUGAAAUUAAUAUAAGGGAAAUUGGGCAUACUGCAAGUUUUCAGGUUCUUCUGAGUUACACUGCGCAUCAGCGUCUUACUCAUGCAGACGCAUUCUUUCAUACGCGGCCUGAAGAAUUCUUAAUAACUACUUUUUUCAGGGAUAAACAUGCCAACUAUGUUCUCCUUUUGUUUGCUUUGACGUAUCUUUAUAAACAAUGCUUUGCUAUUCCGGGAUCUUUCUUUAUGAACUUACUUGCUGGGGCACUUUUUGGAAGAUGGCGAGCGGCUUUACUGGUUUGCCCCUUGUCAGCAAUAGGAGCUUCGGGAUGUUACCUGUUGAGCUCAAUGGUCGCCAAAUCUUUUAUUGACCGCUUUUUUGCCCUUCGUUUUCAAAGUCUGAAAUCAGCGGUAAGACAGAACCAAUCUCGAUUACUUUAUUUCUUGGUGAGCGCUCGCGUAUUUCCAUUAACCCCGCACUGGUUGUUUAAUAUAUUUUCUCCCUUUCUCGACAUAUCACUAUCUAAACAUGCGUUGUCUGUGUUUAUCGGUUUGAUACCUUACAACUUGAUCUGUGUUCACGCCGGUGAAAUGUUAAGUGAAAUACACAAGCCAACGGAAAUGUUUAAUUGGGAAACCACCCUAGACUUGACGUUUUUGGCACUCGGAAUAUUUGUUUUUGCAUUUUUUUUCAAAGCUAAUAGAGUUUGA